UUGGACUUAUUCAUAGGCUCAACUAAUGGAUGUGAGAGAACGUCUUUUGCAUUUUUGCGACAAGAACUUCCCGUGAGGUUUGCAAACAUCCUGAGAGAAAUUGAACUUCUUCCUGAUAAACUACUAGGCACUCCAUCAGUACAAUUAGUAAAAAGCUGGUACAUCCAAAGCCUAAUGGAGCUGGUUGAGUUCCAUCAGAAAAGCCCAGAAGACCAAAAAGUCUUAUCUGACUUUAUAGAUACAUUAAUUAGAGUCCGAAACAGACAUCAUGAUGUGGUUCCUACAAUGGCACAAGGAGUAAUAGAAUACAAAGACACUUAUAAAGUAGAUCCUGUCACCAAUCAAAACAUUCAGUAUUUUUUGGAUCGUUUUUACAUGAGCCGUAUUUCUACACGGAUGCUAAUGAACCAACACACCCUUCUUUUUGAUGAUAAAUCUGGCUCAGGGCACCCAAGGCACAUUGGAAGUAUUGAUCCUUGUUGUGACGUUGUUGAAGUAGUGAAUGAUGCUUUUGAAAGUUCCAAGAUGUUGUGUGACCAGUAUUACUUAACAUCUCCAGAACUGAAACUUAACCAAGUGAAUGGAAAAUUUCCAGGAGAGCCAAUUAACAUUGUAUACGUUCCAUCUCAUCUUUUUCACAUGCUUUUUGAGCUCUUCAAGAAUUCAAUGAGGGCAACUGUUGAAUUCCAAGAAAACAGUCCUUCCCUUUCUCCAGUUGAAGUGACAGUUGUUCUAGGACAAGAAGACCUGGCAAUUAAGAUCUCAGACAGAGGAGGCGGUGUUCCAGUAAGGAAAAUUGAGCAGCUGUUUAGCUAUAUGUAUUCCACAGCACCAAGGCCAAGGAUGGAUGAUGGUCGAAAUACUCCUCUUGCUGGCUUUGGGUAUGGCUUGCCAAUUUCUCGUCUGUAUGCCAAAUACUUUCAAGGAGAUCUAAAUCUCUACUCCAUAUGUGGUUAUGGAACAGAUGCUAUUAUCUACUUGAAGGCCCUAUCAACAGAAUCAGUAGAAAAACUCCCAGUUUUUAACAAAUCAGCUUCCAAGCAUUACCAGGCUACCUCAGAGGCAGAUGACUGGUGUGUCCCAAGCAAAGACCCAAGGGAUGUAUCAAAGCAGAGUGCAGCUCUCUGAAGAGAAGUUGGGAUUGAGGCACCCAUGGGGAUCAAGCUGGCUUCUCAAAGACUAGUGUUUGGAAGUACUCGUCUACCUCCAAACAAAAUUCUUCAGUUUCAGGACUGGCAGAAGAGAAAGAAGGCAAGGCUGUUAUAGCCUAGGCUGUAUGCACUGAAUGUGAAAUCUUGCUGUGGACUUCAGAUGAGGAAAAUAGCGCGUAUGUCUUUAAAGAAGAGAUGUACAUAGAGGAAAAUCAGACUAUUUUUCAUACGAUCAAAGACUUGAAGUGGUAGAGGUGUGCAAUUUUUGAGUCCUGUUUAAUGCUUGAAUUCUGAAUACUGAUAAAUGUCAGUUAUGCUUGUGUAUAUUUUUCUUCUAGAAUAGUUAUCAGUGGUUCAUCUUAUUACAGAACUUCUCGGGUAAUAGAUAACACCUGUAAUUUAAAGCUGUAGUUGUAACAUUUGGAAAAGAUCCAUUUAACAUGGCAGUCUUGUAGCAAGGUACAAACAACAUUCACAUACAGCCUGACUGGAAGGGAGGGAGCCCUGGGAGGUAGGGAGAAAGUGUUUUCCAUAUAUAUAAGGAAGUCCUGUUUAAGAAAAAACUCUAUUCCAGUAAUAAUUCUUAUGUGAUGCCUUGCUCUGUGAGUUACAUUGCUAGAUUUUUUUUAAGUUAAGCUGUUCCUGGAAAAACUAGCCAAGUAAGGCUCCUGUGCAUAAGGUAACUAACAAAGAAAUCAGGAUAUUUUCAAAAGCUACUGGAAAGAAAUGGAAAGCUACUGGUUAUAGCAGCUAUAAGGUUAGGCUACAUCUAGCCUACAUCCCCACACUCCAGAAAGCAUGUGCCACGUAAGUCAGUUAGGAUUUUCCAAGAACUGAAGUCAGACAUGCAAGUUGAAUGGAAAGGUUUUGGUGAUCUGUAUUAUGUAAGCAUGAUGUGGGAAGCAGCAUGUGUAAAACAUGGUCUCGUGGUUCCUUUUUGUCAUGCUGUUAGAAGAUUAGUGGCUCAGUACACUAAACCAAAAUCUGCCUAUCGUCUUUGUCAAAUUUGUAUUGGACCACACCAGCUCAAAGAGGUAUAUGGGGGUUCUACACCCUGAAAGCUGUGAUGAGCACUGAAGGUCUGUUUGAAAGGUUUUCAGGAAGAAUGGUCUUGGAACAAGAAUUUCAUUCUAAGAACUGUUCAUUGCAAUGGAAAGGGCUUAGGAAAUGAGAAGUUUCGAAAUACAAACAGCACUGAAAAUGAUAGAGUAACUUCUAUGAACAGCAAAAUAAUGGGGAAUUGUCACAGGAACAGUGCCAGUGGGAGAGAGCUGUUGGGAAAAAUAGUCCAUUCCUAAUAAGCUUCUUCCUUCCCCAUCUUUCUGCAUUUUCCCCCUUACAAGCAAGGUAAACUUAAUGACAGAAUAGAAGUUAAACUAUUGGACAUUGCCAAACUGGCCUGUCAAAGUUCACCAGGGCUGUAUAAUAUUACUUGAUUUUUUUUUUUUAACUAAUUAGCAUAUUAGCUUAAGUGUCUAUGAUCCUUUGCAAGAAGUUGCAAGUACAGUAUUUAAAGCAUCCUGCUCAGCUGUAUGGCAGUUUUCUAAACCAGAUUUGUACUUGUUGGACAGAAAGCCACUCCAUACCCUACUGUGAAUAUCAAAUAUUUUUUAAUAGAAACAAGAGAAAGCUGGAACUACCUUUGUGUUCUAAAAGUCCUGUUGGGAUAGAUUCCUCCAUCAAAAAUAAAAAUGUAUUUCAUUUCUUAAAAAAUAAAUUUAGAAGUAUUGGUGAUAACUGCUGAGCACAGUGACUUCAGUACUGCAUCAAGGCUGUUUUUAUCCCAGUGAAUAAGCUGCAGUCACCAGAUCAUGUAUCUGAGAUAAGCUCAGUGAAUGAAAUGGAUAAUAAAAGUAAAAUAUAUUUGUCUAGAAUAUACAGGUGUGAAAAAGCUGCCUUCACUGCCAUAAUACACUUGAGUGUUGAAUACAAGGUUACAAAAACAUACCUAGGUAGUUGUUGUCAAGUAAGCACAAAUUAUACCUCUCUGUCUGCACCCGGUAAUGCUUGAACAUGAGUUGUGAUCUCAUGGUAUACUGUACAUCUGUAACAUAGCUGCAGCUCCUCCAGGUAGGAGCUGUAACUUCUCUCUCAAAGCAGCUGAAGCACACGGUUCCUGUAAACAUAUCUGUAAUGUUGCUUGCAGAGAGAAGCUGCAGAACACAUUUCAGGAUGCAGACAGAGGUAUGUAUAGCAGUUAAGGACCCCAUGUGGAAUCUCAAGUAUUAAAAAUUACUUAAGGGCUAUCUACCUAGAUAAUAGAGGACCUCUUUCAGCAUUUACUGAAUUUUUAUUCCUGAAAGUAAAGCUGUAGU